UAAAAUGGCUAACCUGGCCCCCUAAAUUCUUUUGGAGUAUUCUCAGGCGCAUUUGCUUUUGACUGUAUUUAUAGUCAGGACUUGGUCGUUCAGCUGCAUGAUGCAUGAACAAUCAUGAAUUGGUCUUCGUUGCACUUUCAUCUUUAAAAUAUUCAUGAUGGAACUUGGAGGGAACUUUUGUGCUGAUCACUUUCCCUGUCUUCAAUUGAGGUUUUAUUGUCGUAGCUGAGUGACGUCAAUGCAUGGGAAAAUGGAGCCGGGGAAUAGUAUGUACUUUGAUGCGCAAGCCCUGCAGGACCAGGAUGAGGCCGAGUUACUCAGGGAGGAAGAGGAACAACAAAAAGAGCUUCAAGAACGCCUUGCGGCAGAAUUUGACGACUUGAUCGACGAUGACGAGAGCGACUCGACGGAUGUGACAUCAUCAGGAGAGAUGGAUAGUUCACAUAACGUGACGGGGGAGUCCGCAGUGCAAGUGGAGGAACAGAAAAAUGAGAAAGUUCCCGAUCAACAGACAGAUGGUUGGCCGGCCCAGGGCAAAGGGUCAUCUCAAGAACAAGAAUUAGUCUCACCUGGGCACCAGAUGAGCCCCCGAUAUCAAUAUCCAGACUACAACAUGCGCCCUCAGAACUAUUAUGAUUAUCAGGGCGAACUGCACGGAAAUUAUCCCCAUGGAGAAAACCUGGAAAAUCAUGUAGAAUGGGAGCAGCAGCGGUCCCCAUACGGGCCAAUAGGGGGCGAGUACAUGUACGAUCAUGGAAAAGAUGGCCACCAGGAUUAUCAGGUUGCGCAUAUGGCGCCGAUUCACGAGGAAUAUGCCUACCAGGAGGGUUACGAUCAACCACAAUAUAUGAAUGGUCCCGGAUACUAUCCCGAUGGUUACUAUCCAGAUGGUUACCACGGUUAUGGCACCAGUGAUGGACAUUAUAUGAGCUCGCAAGAAAGCACGUUUAGUCCCCAUCACGAGUAUCAAAGUCAUCCAGAACAGUUUCCGGAAUAUCCGACGGACAUUAAUCAUAAUUCACCCCAUUCUGCACCAUUCUCGCCCAAAAAUUACGAUGGUUCAUCGCCGCGAGCUGCUCAUCUUGUAAACAGUGCUAAAAGUCCCAAAGAUUUGGAGAACUAUAAAGUACAGUAUGUGCAACAGACUCAGGCUGAUGGGAAACAGGAAACGGGUGAGAUACAGGAAGCGGAUAGUAAGGAAAGUAAGAAGGCCGAGACGGAUAGGCAGUUUAUUGAACAAGGUGGUGCUCCAGAUACGCGGCAGUUGGCCCAGUUACAGAUCCUUUACAGUGCCCGAGGCCGCAAACUCGACGAAAUGACGCGGAACUACGAAGCGCUGAAGGAGGAAGCAGCAAGAGAUACGCGGAUUAUGAAACACAAGUUGGCGAAAAUUGAAGGGGAAAAAGAGGGUUUAUCCGCAAGCCUGAAUCAGAGCCAGGCGUUACUGCAUCAAGCCCAGGAUGAAAAUAGUCGCAAUCGGUCUACGAUAUCAAGCUUGACGUCUCAGUUGGAUUCACUGAACAAAACCAGAGCAGAGUAUGAAAAGAAUAUAGAAGAUGCAGAAUCAACAAUAUCGGAUCUCAACCAACAGCUGAUUGACCUCACAACCGCCGACUGCAUGUCACGAGCACGGGACCGCCAUGAUACACUCAUUCACAGCAUCAAGCAGAAACACGAUCGUGAAAUGUUCGCUUUGAAAGAAAAGAUGGAUGAGACUACGAAAAUUCUGGAAGAAAAGAAAGAUGAGGUCGAGUCACUUCGCCAGCAGUUGUCAACGGUGAUGAAAUCUUCAGAGUCUUCAAAUCUUGACCGCAUCAACGCCAUUAAUAAACUGACACAGAGUCUCGAUGAGAGUCAGCAAAGGUGUCGUGAACUUCUUGAAAAAGGUUCGCCAGAAGAAGUGAACCGCCUCAAAGUCCAAGUUGUCCAAGCGGAAGCCUCCAAGUCCAUCAGUGACGACCUCUGCCAGGCCUUGCAGGAUGAACUCCAAGACCUCAAGGAGCAGCUGUCCAUGUACGAAUCGGCCGCAUCAUUUGGUGUCCACCCAUCACCCGCGCCGAAGUCAGGUUCACGAGCGGCGUCGCCGACCGAGGGAUGUCAUUCUGAUUCAUUUGUUCAGUUGAACAUCAAGGGUGGUGUUGAGAGUAAGAUACCACGAUUGGACACGUCGUUCAGCGGCAGACAGACACCACCACCCAGUGAGGGAACCCUUAAACAAGUCAAAGUGGAAUUUGAACGCUGUCUUCUAAAUUAUCGCCAAAAACAAGCCCAGGUCCGUAAACUACAAGACGUCAACAUGGCCAUGAAAAAAGACCUGACAGAGGCAAGACGCCAAUAUGAAAACCUGAACUUGACCUUGAAGCAGGAGACUGAGAGAAUUGAAGUUUUUCAGGUCAAGGUUGCAGACUAUGAGAAAGGUCAAGGUCAGAAGACACCGUUGGAGGAGCGGUUGGAACGCGAUGUGGCAAAGUUGGAGGGGGAGAAAUUGGAGUUAGCGGCAGAGGUUGAGGCUCUGCAGAACAGACUUGAAGACUUUGCCAACAACGAAGAACGUUUGACAGAGAUGAAUAAUGAACUGAACACGGAGCUGUCACAGGUCAUGAGGAAUUUUAGUGAUGAGAAAAUGUCCAAUCAAGAAAGAUACCAUGCCACGCUCCAACAGCAUUAUGAGGAAGCAAAAGAUCGCAUCCGUGAUGAACUCGUCCAAAACUUCAACGAGGAGAGACGGAAACUCAUCGCCAGUUAUCAGUCACAGGUCGAAGAAACGCGGGUCAAACUCGACGAGACAGUGAAGGAACUGCUGAGUGUGAAAGAUAGUUACGUGACAGUCUGCCGUGAGAAGGAUAGUAUUGAAGAGCGCAUUAAGAAUGACUGUCGGGAGGCGUACGAUAAACGAAUUGAAGAGCUAAAGGAGCAGCUGGUUCAAGAAAAGGAAGAAGAAUUACAAAAACUUCGCCGGUCGUUAUUGGAAACAAAUCAGGUUACCAUGGCAACUGCUAAAGAUAAAUGGUGGAAGGAGAAAGAGGAGGACAUGAAGAGAGAGGUUGAGGCUCAGGUUGCCAUGGCAAAAGUGGAGUGGUUCGAGGAACAUAAGAGCGAGAAGCAGGCAGCCGUUGAAUCUGCCACGAAGAAUGCUGAACGAGAGUGGAAAAUACGUCUUGAGACAGAGGUGGAAAGUCGACUGGAAAACAGAAUGAAAGAAGCUGAAGAAAUGUGGCUCGACUCGCAGAAAUGUCAAGUAGACAAUCUUGUCGAAAAACAGAUCAAAUCUGAAAAGGAAAAACUGCAGACCAAAUUCCAGAAUGAUUUGAAAAAUGAAGAAAAACGCUGGGAAAAGGAGGCAGAGAGUCGUCAAGAAGUUGCGAUACAGAGGGCGCUCUCAAAGGCAAAGGCUGAUUGGUUAAAGUCGCGUAAGGAGAGCGAGAGCAUUAUGAGGUCUGAUGUUGAGACGUCGUUGAUGAGGAAACACCAGUCGAAUAUGGAGAAAGAGAUUGCUCAGGCGUUGAAGGUGGCUCGUGAAAAGUGGGUCGCGGAAAAACAAGCCGAGAUUACGGAGCUGAUGGAGAAUAAUAAAAACCUUCUGGAGACGGAGCUGCAAGGGAAACUCGAGGAGAGGAUACGGGAACUGGAACAGGAGGUUGAUAAACUGAAGCGUAUCCGUGACCGCCUCGAGAAAGAAUUACAAAUCUUCAAGGAGGCAUCGGAAGAAGAGAAAGAGACUCUGAUUAAGCUGAAGGACAUCGAGGUGGAGAGUUUGAAGUCAAGACGUGACAAGCUCGAGCAAGAUUUCACCAGCAUGAAGAAGGCUUGGUUUCUCGAGAAGCAGGAGCUGAUCGAUGGCCACCAGACGGCGCUCCAGAAGAAGGAGACUGAGCUAAAGAACUUCCGACAGCUCUGCAACCGUUUAGAGAUCGACUGCAAGAGUUUAUCCGUCGAAAAAGAAGGACUGGAAUCUGAGUAUGCGACAUUAAAACUACGCCGUGAAGACUUGGAACGCGAGUUCCGCAGCGCAAAAGAGAGUUGGUUGUUGGAAAAAGAGGAAUUGAUCCGACGGGCAGAUGUUGAGAAGCGUCAGGCAGUGAAUGCCGUCGAUGAUCAGCAUGAAGAGGACAGGAAGGCUUUGGUAGAUGAACAUAAUGAUAUGUUGGAGCGCGCACUGAAGGCAGCGAAGGAACAGUUUGAAAAAGAAAUGGCCCAACUGAUGGCGUCGCACGAAGCUGAUGUCGAGCGGUUACGAGAACACGAGCGCAAAUCACUUGAAAGUUUCGCUGAAAACGAUUCAGACAAAAGUAUUAUUAGGGAGAUGGAGUCGAAGUUCAGCUGGGAACGAAACGAAGUUGAACGGAUCUGGCAGAAGAAACUUGUCGAGGCACAGACACGUUAUGACAAGGAGUGUGAGGAACUGACAAAACAUUUCCAGGAGAACGUCACACAGUUACGCGACCGAUACGAACGUGAGCAGAAAGAUCGCGAGAUGUCCUUUAAUGAGAAGUUACAGAUGGCUAAGGAGGAGGCUAAGAAGGAAAGGGAAAGCUUGGAGAAAGGCUGGGAGAAGAAGUUGGAGUGGACGCGUGAGGCGUAUGAGAAGGAGAAGCAGAUUCUACAUGCAUCUCAUAGAGAGGAUAUGAAGAGAGCUCUGGAACAGGUCAAAAAAGAAAAGGAGGCAGAAAACACAUUCUUGAAACAAGAAUGGCAGACACAGCAAUCGCAGUUACUCCAGGAACUCGCUCGGCAGGAGCAAAUGUUACAAGGUGCUGACCACCAUAUUGAGGCUGAGAUUGAGCGCUUGCGCAAAGAUCUGGAAACUGAGCAUGAGGACCGUUUACACAAGGAGCUGGAAAGUCUUCAGGUUCGCUAUGAAACGGAAUUCAGCCGUACAGUGGAUAGUUCUACCGGUGAGCGCCAGCGCCUCCAAGACGAACUGGAAAAGACAUCGAAACAGUUAAAGGACUUGGAACUCAAGUAUGAAAAGGUGAUCAUGUCAUAUCAAGAAAAACUAAACAUGACGUCUGCCACAUUAGAAAAAUAUGAGCAACAUAAAGAAGAAAUGAAGAACAGUUUAGAAAUGGAGUAUAACGAUAUGAUCGAUAGUUGCGAGCGUGAGAAAAACGAUUUUGCAACAAAGUUGGAACUGUGCCAAGAGCAGUUACACCGGGUGAGAAACGAGCGGGAAGAGAUUGAAAUUGUGCACGCAAAAUGUGAGAAACGAUUGGCGGAGCUGCGGGAUCGGAUACGGAAAGCUGAGCGUCAGAUAUUGGAUUCAGAAAAUCAGCGGAAACAGGAUCUAGAACAGUUGAAGAAGAGUAUGGAAGCUCACCACCAGGUGGUUGUCGAGGCGAUGAAGGCCAAAGUUAUCGAGGUCAGGAAGCAUCACACUGUCGCCAUGGAAAUGCUCAAGAAACAGCAUAUCGUCGAGAAACAGGAGUUGACGAAGCGAACUCUACAGGAUGUCACGAAUAAAAUAUCUCAGACGGAGAAUAUAGCGAAUGUCGAAAAAUCUGCAAUGGAGGAAAUGAGGACAUAUUACCUCAAUACCGUCAAUAAAAUCAGAGAUGAUGUCAUGAAGCAUGUAAACGAAACGAACAACCGAGCUGCCAAGACGGUGCGAAUGGAAAUGAGCAAGGAACGUCAGACUACCGCCAAAACGCUCAAACAGCACUACCUGCAGUGUUUCAGACAACUUCUUGCUCAAAAUGAGGAAAACCUUAACUCUGAUGCCAAACUGACUGCAAUGGAGAAAGCCCUCGAUCUUGCCCCGAUCAAGGGGUCUUCCGGGUCCCGCUGCUCUACCCCACAACCACAGUCAGCCUUCUCGCCUACAUCAAACAACUUCACACCCGUACCAGAUUCCAACGACUCACGGUCCCGCAACACGAGCAAAUCAUUCAACCAAUCAAACACAAGUAAAUCAUGUCAUUCGGAUAGCAACCUAUCAAAAUCAAGCAGAUUCAACCAAUCGGAUGGCAAUGUUUCAAUGAAAGCUGACGCCACAACGAACACAGAAAACUCCCUUGAUUCAUCAGUGCAGAAAUAUUGGAAUUCUGUGGAGAAGAAUCGGAAUGUUCCUCGUUCCAGUGAGAAAUACCCUGUACGGAAUAUUAGCCCUAGUCGAACGGCAAACGUGAAACAGGUUUUGAUGUCUUCCAGGGGUCAUUCAGAGGUCAGUAUUUCUGGCGUGCACGAACUGUGUCUGUCGCAGCCUGAGAGCCUAGAGAAAUUUACACGGGACCGAGCCUCACCAGAUCUGGAUAACACGCAGCCAAGCCGGGAUGUGAACACGUCCGGGUAUCGCUCCAUGUCCUACCUGUCGCGGAGUCCUGAGAGCGAUCGGUCACAUGUUUUAAAAGAAGGACAAAGGUCACCUACGUCCAAAUCGUUGCCUGUGGCCAUUUUUAACAAUAAAUACGGAAAAAUUGAUAUGGCCAAAGACGUAAGAAAUAAUUCGUAUAAGUACAUUUCAUUGCGGAAUUCCAAUAAAGGACAAAGUUCGGUUUCGACGAGUAUGAAUUUUAAUUCGUACAUCGGCGAGGAUAUGCAAAAUAGCCAUUUGUUUGACAGCAACAUUGACUUGGCCGAGGUUGGAUUGAAUAAACUUCCAAUGCAACCGCGGCCCUAUAAUCCUCCUGCUGAGCGACUCAUAUCGGAGGACAGUGAAUCAAAAACAAGCUCGACAUCGACAUGCACAACGCCCAGUUGCGACGGCAGUAAAACGGGGAAUAAACUAGACCAGGAUGUCUUACAAAACCGGCAAAAGUCAGACGUAAAAAAAUUGCAUUAUUGUCAAAAUACAGGUGACGCCGCAGACUUGACCCCACGGAAAUCAUUGCGAUCGUCAAAAUCAAAGUCGACGGAAAAGUCGGGAAAGAAAACCAACCACGCAUCACGUCAUCAAGGAGAUACAAACGUGAAGUUACUGAAACCACUCGCGAUGUGUACGCGGCAUACUCAGGUACCUUCGCCACCAUUUUGAGGUGCAAAAUAUAGAUCCCAUUUUGAACUAAUUUCUUUUAUCCUAAUGUUCAAAUACUGCUGUUCAAAAGUCACGUACUUCCAUGUGCUUGUAGCUCUAUAUAAAUAUCCUAUUUAAUGAAAUUGAUUGAGGUUUUUAGGGUAGCAGACUCCCCAAGGAAGAUCAUUGACAAUUGACAUUGAUUACAUGUUAUAGCGAGCGAGCAAAGAGGUAGAUUUUAAGAUACGUUGUACCUGUGCUCAUGAUUUGCCUUAACCCUUUAGCCAGCAAUCAUCACUGUAGCGAUUAUCUAAAUCUAUUAUUAAUUUCCAAUACUAAUGUUGCCUUGAGACGAAUACCAGAUGUCUACCCAGAAUCAGAUAAAGCAUGAGCAAGAACGAGCCAUUUCAGGGCUUGUUUGCAUGCACUGCCUGGGAGGAUCGUUCGCUUUUUCUAAGAACUGCAUCCUGUGAGCAUACACAAUAAAAAAAGGUCUGCAUGGGUUUAAAAAACUUUUCAGCAACUGUCUGAGGUCUAUUUUAAAAGAUGUAGAUCCUGUGUAGAAAGAUACUUUAUUGAGUUUUUGAAUUUUUUCGUUUUUUCUUGAGAAAAGUUCUCAGGUUCUAUUCUCAUUUUUUCUGGUUAACCUAUGUCACCACACACAUGGUUUCUCUGUCGUUGUGUUGGGUUGUUCAUGAGUGGUGUAGGCCAUGGGCUAGCCGGCCCAACCAACUACGCUGCUGUAAACCGCCAACUUUAACCAUUGCACAAACGGAAUCAGUUUAGACAUUCCUUGCAAUUUGUCACUAUCAACCGUACAGACUGUUGGUGCAUUUUCCUCUAGAUGUGAUGCAAGUCAUGCUUGUACAUGUUAAGAACCUUAUUACCAGUUGAGCACAACGUUAUCUCGUUAAAAUACUCCAACAACACAGUUUUUCCAAGAACAAUGAAAACUCUCCUUUCAAAGGACAGGAUAGCUCAACAAGUUGGAAGGCCUGUCUGAUUCUUGGCAUGCUGGGGAGUUGAUUCACUAGGGUGAUGACAAGAUUUCCAAGUGUUUAUCUUGUCUUUAUGUGUGUGUAAUAGGGUAAGGAGGAGAGGCCUUAAUAGCAAGUUCCCUCCUCCUUAUAACAAGAUUUCUGCUUUUUUAGUUCUUCUAUCAAGGGAAGGAGCAUGGAAACAAAAUUACUAAGCUAAGAGAAGAAGCUUGAUUGUUUGUUAUGUAUAAACAUUUGUCGGCGUAUCUAUUUACUUAAAAUCUGUGACACUAUCUAAUAUUUGUCUUCUCGAAUGGUUUUCCAUCUGGUCACGUGAGUUGAGUUUUGAACAUGGUCAGCCCUUAGGUGUAUUUCGUACACAAGAGUAUUUUGAAUUUCUGGAUUUUUGUGUGACUCUAUUAACAAGACACCCUAGAUCAUUAUUGUGCCUCCAGAGUGAAAUUCGAAAAGAGACCAUCACAGCUGACAUGGCUGAAUAGUAGUCCCGUAAAGCCCUCGUACUAUUUUAGCCAACCAAAGCAGCCUAAUUUGUUUGCUCUUAAAAUUGGUGCUGGCAUCAUGAUAACUUCGAGCAGAGGUUGAAGGUUUGGUUGGACAGUUAAAAAAUAUCCUGAAAUUUGAUUAUUCAUAUUCAACGUGUAUUUGCUAAUCCUUUAGAGUUCCUCAAAUGUUUACUCCCGGAGGUAAGCAUCCAGUGUCAUGUGAUGACGUGCAUGAUGUGCAUGAGAGUCGGAUGACAGCGUGGAUGUUCCCUAUUCUCACAACUAUUCUUCAUCUGAUCCUCCUGCUUUGUUUAAUCCACCUUUAAACGCCCAGGUAUGAUUCCGGAAUUGCAUCUCGGGCGAAUUUUUAACCAUUUUUUGGGAAGGGGCACUUUCAUCUUUGGUGUUUUUCGUCUUCGCAGUGAUGAAGCAAGCCAUUCCAUUGGUCAAACUCAUAUACUCAGCAAGAAAAACAACUAUUAGUAUAUUACGACACUGGUCGAGAGAACGAUUUAUGAUACAAAUGUAGCAACCAAUCAAUCUGAAUUUUAACCCUUUUGCUGUGGAAGCCAUUUUUGGCCUGCACCAGCCUGUGCAGAUCAGUGGAAAGCAAUGCUGAAUAGUGCUUACUUUAAUCUAAAUGGGCAAAUAAUAUUAAAAGGUGUUGCCACCUAAAGGCUUUAAAUUAAACUCAUGUUUGCCGUGUGCGUAUGACAUGUCUAUGGAAGGGCAUGACAAGCACAUGACCCGCACAUGAUCUGGACAUAUGACAUAAAGUGCUAAGCAAGUCAUUCACAGCAAAAGAUGUUGUUGACAUGUUUCCUUCCUCUUCUAUGGAGUCUGUUCAGCUGAUUUUAUAUUGUUCAUCUGACCAGUUUUUCUGCCUUAAAGGUCGUAAAUAGUGUCAUCAUUGGUGACAUGUGCUGUAAAUCCCUUGCCUGGCAUGUUCCAUAUCCCAGUAAUGUCAGGUAUGUUGGUGUGACUUUCCAACGCAAGUGUUUAAUCAACAUUCGCUGAAACCUUUGUGUCAUCCCCAAGGUCACCCUAAACAUUUUUAAAACAUGUCCUCAGCGUUGAAAGGCAUAGGCAUGACAGAUCAGGCAUAACCAGUGGUUACCUUGUGGUUUUUGAUGCGACCGCAUCAUUGUUGUUUGUCAUGUGGAGUGAACUUGAUAAUACCCUGAAGCCAGCACUUUUCUCAUUUCUAGGCUCAUUUUGUCACUCAUGAGCGCAGAGCUUUAGUUUUUCACAGACAGUUUUUUUUAAUUUAGGCAGUUAAGUGGACAAAACAAAAUCUCUCAGCUGGGCAGACUCCUAUUGUUUUCAGUUGGUUAUGAUGCUGACGACGCUGGGCGCUGGUAGCCCUACAAAAGAUGCUGGCAUCUUAUUCAAAACAAAAAAUUUUAAAAAUCCAAAAACAAAUAUUUAUUUAGUUUGCAGUAUGUACUUGAUUAGAUGGUGGUGGUCCCCUCUGGCCCCACGGGAAAACUCCAGCAUUUUCUGGGAUUUGACCUCUUGGUGCAUUGGUCAUUAGUUCUCUUUGGAACAGUGUCCGACACUGACAGCCCAUAGAACCAAAAGUGACAGCAACUACAGGUCAUUACAAAAGUAAUCAAAUACAAAAAGAACACCACGAUUUAACCAAGCAUGUACUGGAUUUUUCACCGGUCAGUUUAACUACUGUGUGAGUUGUUCAUGAAAGUGUGCUUUGCUGUUGAUUCCUUUCACGACUAUUUCUGUUCUAAUGAGGCUAACUGUCAGAUAUGAGGUUUGUCUUGAUGAGCAGGGAUCGUUGUUACCAUUUUGUGCGCCAUAAUAAGUUGCAGUGGAGACCCUGUGGUUGACCUUUCUCUGAAAAUUAUAUUUCUGUUCUCUGCUGGCAAAAAGUGAUAUUAUCUUGUUUGUAAUAUCCCAGCAUAUGACAUUGAUGUGGAUAGUCAGUUAAACCUUCGAUGAACUAUUGUUGAAAAGAAUUUGGUCAACCACAACUGGUAUGCGAGUACAGCAUGAAAUUGCAGCUGUGAAUUCCCAUGUGAAUAAAGCACUCCACAGACACGUGAUUUGAAUUGCUGCUGCUAGCGAUUUAAAUUGCAUGCAACAAUUAUGGCUUGUUUGCGGCAGAUCAUCACAGGUCACAGUGACAAGUCUGUACCAAACCCAAUGAUUACCGUUCCUGCAGACGAGAGAUCCCUUUGUCGCACAGGCAGUGAUAAUAGUCCGAGGUAAGCUGCAAUUUAAAUGGCUCGUUUGUUGAGUGCUUAACAGAUGGUUAACACAAGCAUUGGUGUUUAUAAGUUCUUCAGCAGGCACACUUUAUGGAUUUCUUUUUGUGAAAAACCUUUAACUCCAGGGUUUUGUCACAAUGUUGAAACAGCCACCUUGAUGAGAGAUAUCCCCCAACAUCAGCCUCAGAUAAGACCGGUUUGUGUGUUCUGGGGCUAGUCUUUAACAAUUAAAGGGUGUGUUGUUUCAGUCUCCCAUUGUGGGUAUAUUUUAUACAUGCAGACCUUCUUUGUGUUCCAAUAUUUCCUCCAAGGCAUUUAAUAUAAAGGAGAGACAGUUUUGAUCAGUUGUAACAAUGAUUUUGCUCUGGUUUUCCUUGGCAGUAGCUGUCGCAGGGCUCUCACCAUUCCUAUAUUUCCUAUAUUUUGAAGGUCAGCUUGGGAUAUUUCAUUUAUUCAUUUAUUUCCUGUCUUUCCAUAAAAAUCAGGACUUGAUUUUGACCAACCAUUAAUAUUGUUUAUAAAGGAAGUUGAGCAGUUACUGGUAUUACAUGUACAUCUAAUCAUAGGGAUUUUUAUAGUGAUAGAUUGUCAUUUUGAUCAAAACAGGCACAGAAAUUCCUAUACUUUCCCAUUUUUAGAGUUAUAUUUCCUAUACUAUUUUGGCCUAUUCAUGUUGGGAAACCUGCUGUCAUAUUUUUUUUCAAAUGUGGGAAACAGAUUCAGAGAAGAUUUAAUUUAAGUUAGGUGGUUCAAUUCUAGCCUAUGUUGGUAUUACUAUACUGCUAGUUGUGUUCUGUACUGUAAAGCUAUACUUGUACAACUUUACAUGUACAUGUAUGUUAUUUUCCUGAAUUGCAUUUGUCUCGGUCACUAUUGGUGUGUAUUCUUAAUUGCAGUAUGAGGUACAAGAUGCCCAAGACUUUUACACAAAUUACAUUUACAUGUAAUUUGUGUAAUGACAAAUCUUAAUUCCUUAUCAUACUACAUGGAAUGUGCUGUUUCAAUGCCAAUUUGGUUUACAUGUUUCUGUACUUUUAACAUUCCGAUCAUUUUGUGAUGGUUAUUACUAUGAAACCUCACUCAGGAUCCCUUGCAUUUUUCGCAUUGGCAGCAGGUUAUUAGUUUUUACUUCCUUAAUGGGCUGAAAAAAGUAAAAGCUGGUAGCCUUUUUUCAUGGUAGAGUGAGUAAAAGUAUAUUUUAGGCUGGGUUGGUGAAAGUAAAACCUGGUUUAUUGAUUGGGUUGCAGCCUUGAUAAGUUUCUGCAGAUGGCACAGCGAGGUGUGUACCUGGAGUCAUUCUCUCAGCAGAAGGUAUCUUGGUUAUUUGAUUGAUUGUUAGGGGUAGCUAUUAAAAUGGAGUAAUUUUCUCAGAAGAGUCAUUUUCUGGCAAGAUGUGUCAUUCGAGAUUUGGUUGACAGCCAGAUGAGUGAAAUGUUGCUGGCAGUUUUAUAUAUUCAAGCCAGGUGCGGCAAAUUGAGCUCAUUGGCUCACCGUAGGGAGUCUGUACAACACCGCUGUGUCCGUCAUCCGUUUUUGUCGUUGUUGUCUGUAUCCUGUAUACAGUAGCACCUUUCUUAACCGCUAGAGAUAUGAACUUGAAACGUUGUACACAGGACCCCCCAGGUCAGGUGACCUCUGACAAUGAAUUUCGGUCCGAUCCGAUUCUUGACUUGGCCAACAAGGGGCAAGAAGUGGAAACCUAAAAAGUGUGAUAUCUUUCUUAUGAGGGACUCGUUUUCCAUAAAAUGUUUAUGGUAGGUUCUCCUAGUAAGUAUAUAUCACAUGUCAUGUGGGUUUUUGAUUUGGCCUAAUUUUCAUGGUCACAUAGGUCUAAAGGCAUAAAUUGGCUGUUUAAGCAUAACUAUGGCACGUUUCUUAACCGCUAAAGCUAUGAACUUUUAAUUUGGUACACAUGACUACCUCCGACACCGAAUUUCAGGCCAAUCUGAUUCUGAACUUGGCAACCAGGGCUGGGUUGUUCAAAAUCAUGUUGGCUUUAACGGCGCCGUUUAGUCUUAACAUGAAAAUUCUAAUGGGAUUAACUGAAAGAGGUAACGUCCUUAAGGAUACUUAACGUAACCGUUAGGGAUUACAAGACUUUUGUGCUUUUGAAUUUGGUACACAUGACUCCCUACGUCAUGUAACCUCCGACACCAAAUUUCGGUUUGAUCUGAUUCUCGACUUGGCCAGCAGAAGGCCAAAACUAAAAAAGGUAAAAAGUGCAAUAUCUCGCUUAUUCAUGACUUGUUUUCGAUGAUAUAUUUAUGGUACGUACUCCAAGCAACGAUACAUCACAUGUCGUACCGACUUUGGUUUGAACUUUAUACUCUACAUGUAGCAUGUUUUAACCAGGAUGAAUUCCUAACCACCAAAUAUCUAUAUGGUGAGCACAAUGGCUCCUGGCUGUUUCAUUUUGUUUGGAAUUUUAACUCUCUGUCGCAUGCACUUGUUCUCAUGUCCAUACAACGACAUUGAGGGAGUUAUGGGCAAAGCAGACUAGGGUCUGAUGCGGAAUGUGACCCCGUCAGCCGGGGUCACACACCGAGGGGUUAAAAGUGGUUUAUCCAUAGUGCUACUAGGUGACUGCCAAAACAGUAUUUUAUUUUAAUGGUCUAGAUUUUUGCAGAUAAGAUGCUUUUAGUUAUAGUUCGUUUAGGUUUGAUAACUUUGUAAAUAAUUUUCUAACGAAAUGUGCCCUGUUUUGUUCUGAUUUCUCUUUGUAGUUGAGGGUGAAAGUGCGUGUUAUGUGUAAAAAAUAUGGUGUGAAUUUCGUGUGACAUAUUUAUGCAUUUGAUGAAAAAAUACUCGAUUAUAACAGUAAAUAUUUGUACAUUUCUUUGAGAAAAUUUGUAUGUUUAUUCAUAAACCUAACCAAAAUUCAAUACUACAGACCUGGAACUGUGUAUAAAACUAACAGGGGUUUCCAACCUCAGUAACCGGGUUAUCGCACCAAGUGAAGAAGCCUUGGAGACCGCCAGCGACAAGCUGAUAAACGCUCCAACAAGCCGAUAAUCUUUGCCGACAAGCUCCACAAUAGUUUUUAUUUGAUCCCUUUGUACACAUUUUGAUAGUCAAACUAUUCCUGAAAAAAAAGAUUUUUUCGCUGCUCAAAGAACAUUGUGUCAUGUUCCUGGAGUAUUCGGCAAUAAACGUAAUAAUUCCAUCACAUCAUAUGACUGACAAGUCGGCUUGCUUUCCAUAUACAGCGUUCGUAGUAGUGAUCUCAUUCGGAAGGCUACCUUGGGCGAUAGCCAAUCACAUCAAAGCCUGCAAAUCUGGGUGCCACUCUCUGAGCAAUAUGCAUAAUUUAUACGUUCUCGCUCUUCAGUGAUGGAGGCAUUACAUUUCAGUAUCAAAAGACGACGAUCUCUCAGGCAAUUCUGAAAGCUGUAAUCUCAUUGGAAAAUGCCUCAGAACGCAUCUCAGCACAUCUAACGUUAAAAAUUCCCAGACCCUCACUAGUAGUGCGCCUGCGGCAGAUAAUUGCACACUUUCAAAAACUUUGCGUACCGUCCGACAACCUCACCUUCUGGCAAGUUGGAAACCCCUGACUAACCAUAUCCAGAUUGGGAACAAAUGGAUGGUUUAGGGAUUGACAGUGAACUCACGGUUUUGUUGUCUCACCAUACACUACAGGGGUAGAGCUAAAAUGUAGGCUAGAACCAAGGUGCUUGGCCAAUGUUUGAAGCAAAAUGACAUUUCAACCCAACAGUUUUUGGUGGUCCUUAAAUUGUACUGGCAGUGCGCUAUCAGUUUUUGUUCUAUUAAACAUUGACUGCUUUCAUGUUUUUGUACUAACGGGAGUGGUUUAUUGUUGCAACACCAAAAUGGCUUCGGGCAAUCAUACUGUUAUUGCUUUCCAUGUAUUUUUACACGGAAAGCAAUUAUAAAACAUUUCAACCAAGGUAAUUUGGGGAUUUUUUAUUGGUGUAAUCAACAGUGAUAAUCUACAACUGUAAACAGACGAAUUUUAGGUGGUUGAGGUGUUUCAUUUUCGCAGAUUUCAGGGAUAACUGUGAUUUGCGAAAAUAUGUAUCGCGAAAAAGUUUUUUUGAUUAGAAGAUGCAAAAUAAAUUUCAUAAUCCGCCAAAAUAGAACUUGCAAAAUUUGGGGGUUUUCGGAAAUUUUUGCAAUUGAAUAGGCGCAAAAGUUUACACUGUUACGAUGGUUCAAAGUUUUGCCAAAACCUUUAGAGAAUACACAGCGAUAUGCUUAUGAUAUUUUUCCAAGGAAGGAAGCCGGAAGUCUGUAACCUCUGUGUGCCUCAUGCUUAUACAUGUUAUCAGGUUGUUAUCGACUGGUUUUACUAAAUCCAUGAUCAGACAUGACUAGAUUGGAUUUAUAAAUGGUAUAAUUUGAAUACAAAGAAUGUUGCAUGCAUAAACUUAAUUGCCAAAAUGAUGCUAUUCUAUUCUCCAGUUAAGAGGAUCUGUAGAAUCUGUGUUUUUUAACUCAUUAUCGUAUUGAAUGAACUCUGCUGUUCUGUUCUUCCAGCUUCCUCUUUGUAUUUUCCCUAACAUGCCUGAGUUGACUCUGAAACAGUCAGGUCCAUAUUGAUUAACCAAUUCAAUGUAUGAUGUUCGAUGUUCCUAACAACCCAACUAAUGUGAUGUAUAUUGUUUGACAUACAUGAUUUAUAUAACUACCCAAUGUAGGUUAAAGGUUUAUUUAUAGAUAUAAAUAAAUGAAAAAUAACAAGUA